GUAAUAAAUUCUGUUCAAAAUUUAGGCCCAAAAAAAACUCAGCUAUUUGUUCUUGUAUCUUGUGAGUUAUCCUAGAAUUCCAAGUAUAUAAGCUGUAUUGCCCAGACAAAAACUUGAGAAAUAUUUAUUUUGAACAAGGAUGAAUCCAUAAAUGUACUACUAUAGUGAAUCAGAAUGCGAAGCAAUUAAUCAGUCAAUUUGUCAAUCAUUCAGAGGCUUCUUAGAUGAGGACAGUCAAAUUGGCAUAGCUUAAUCAAUUGAUGAUUAAUUUGAAUAGAUCAGUGCCCCAAACUCUGUGUAAUUUUCAACGCAAUGCUCUUCAGUCCACUUGAAAGACCACAAAAGCGAAAUAGGAGAAGAUCUAGAUGAUUUAAGAUGCUCUGAGAUAGAACCUAGUGAAGUGAUGUCUCCAAAACCUUAAAUUAAAUGUCAAUGUAGCAAAUCUUAGUGUCAGCAGAGUUAUUGCGAGUGUUUUGCAAGAGGCAAGACAUGUGGGAAACACUGUGGUUGCCAAAAUUGCUAGAACAUGUAAAUGAAUAAGAAAUUGGGGAAAAUUUAGAAGAGACUUGUUAAGCAAAAGAGAAUUAAAUAAAGGACACCAAGAUACUUAAAAGGGUGUACUUGUGGAAAAUCUAAAUGUCAGAACAAUUUUUGUAGUUGUCAUCAAGAUGGCAAAUAUUGUAAUUCUGAGUGCAAGUGUGUGGAUUGCAAAAAUGUGUACAAUUUUUGUUUGAAGAUCUUCCCAGAGAUUGAACAUGUGGAAUCGAAUGAGAUGGAAUCCACGAAUGCGAAUGUAGUUUUAUUUAUAAUUGGAUGUGAAAAUAGUAGUAAUUUUCAGAACUUGAAUAAAUUGUCAAAUAAAAGUGAUAUUUGA